GUUGUAUCCAGGCUUACAAUAAAGGGGAGGCUGAGAAUAUAUUCAGCAAGUAUAUACACUCUCACAAUGUUUUCCAGGACGAACAGGUCAAGGCGUUGUGACACCGCUGGAAUACAUGGACAAUACACCAAUGUCGUAGUGUACGCAGACUACAACAGCAUUAUGGCCUACCAUAAUCGUCGACCCUCACCUCCGGGAAACUCAAUCCUACGCGAAACUACCAUCCUAUUGAUCGAAGUUACUGGUGACGGUGGAACUGCAAAGGGGUUUUGGUUAAUAGCUGGAGUUGAAAGUGGUUUGGAUGACCCCAAAAACGUGGGAACUACGCCAGAGCCUUUUAUGGGACUGAAGAUAAAAACGUCGAUGGAAAACUCGCGACACCAGGCCCUGGAUAUUAUUUCAAUUGCUGCCUGAGUACCUG